UGAAACCUGAAUCCCCGCCGCGUUACGCUUUCAUCUACCUAUCUAGCCUAAUCCCCGCUGCGGUUCAGCAGCGCCUGGUAACCCUCGUUGAUCAUGGCUUACUACCUUCUCUACUUCCUCACCAUAUCGGUUGUUGUGUGUGGCACAGCGCUCUACCUCACCCGGUCUCGAUGGCUACCUCUACUGCCCGUUCCCGACUACAUUUACGAUCGUCUCCCCUCGACGUUUGCUGGCGAUGUGGAAGCUGGUCUGGUCUCAUCAGAGUUUGAUAUCUCCGCAAAUAUUGCCGAGGGUGACACCAGAGCGGGCUUGGAUGACCAGGCCAAACGCGAAAUUUUACGGAUCAUGAAACGGCGAAGAGUGAAUUUCAAUGAAGGUCGUCGGAUCUACAUGGAGCAGCGCUUUUCCAAGAACAAUAUUGGUCCCGAUGGCCGACCUAGGGACCCAAAGUUCGUGUCAUUCUCUUGAUGACGUUUGUAUCACAGUCGCUUGGUUUUUAUUUUGCCCUCGUUCCUUUUCCCAUUUUCCUUCGACAUAUGCUUCUCACCAGCAGACUCUCCUCUUACUUAUACCCUCCCGAA